UGCGCUUGGAACAUUUCUGGUGGUAAAUAGUUUGUUUUGAGUCUUGUAGGCUUAGUGUUUCGGUAUGAACUGAGCUGAUUUGGAAAGCGUCUUAUGCUAUAAAGUGUUAUCAGGCAUCUCAGCAGUAUUUGAGACACGCCCUGUUGAGCAGAACAGACACGACAGUCUCACUAUUCACUUAUCUGAAGCGCAUCACUGUGAUGGAGAAGCCGGUGUGAAGGCACUGUAAAAUUUUCUGCUCGUCGGUGAUUUGGCGAAAUUUUGUGAAUAGCCUAAAGAAGUUUAACUUUUGAGUGGAUCGCGAGUGAAGCGGCCUCAACAUGGGCUGUGUGGGGACCAAACCGGAGCAAGAUCCUAUUGGCAAAUCAGUGAACAGUGAUGACAACCGCAACGUGGCACAUUACACCAAAGACCCCACAACAGGGGGCAAAGCUAACAGAACCACCUCCAAUGCACAGACUCCUGGGACAGAUACUUCGGAGAACAUUGCCAUAGCUCUGUAUGACUAUGAAGCCAUGCAUGAAGGUGACCUAGGCUUCAAGAAAGGAGAUCGACUCAGAAUCCUGCAGGAGUCUGGUGAGUGGUGGAAAGCAGUAAUCAUCAGCACUGGUCAAGAGGGCUUCAUCCCCAGUAACUAUGUUGCCAAAGAUACUCUGGAAACUGAAGAGUGGUUUUUUAAAGGUGUCAGCAGGAAGGAUGCAGAGAGACAGCUGUUGGCCACUGGAAACAAAACAGGCUCCUUCAUGAUCAGAGACAGUGAGACUACCAAGGGAAGUUACUCUCUGUCUGUGAGAGACAGCGACCAUCAGGCUGAUACAGUCAAGCAUUAUAAGAUCCGCACACUGGAUAAUGGCGGUUUCUAUAUUUCCCCACGGAUCACAUUCAACACCCUGCAGGACCUGGUCACCCACUACAAGAAGCAGAGUGAUGGGCUGUGCCAGUCUCUCACCUCUCCCUGUCUGAGUCCCAAACCUCAGAAACCUUGGGAGAAAGACGCAUGGGAGAUUCCACGCGACUCCCUCAAACUGGACAAACGUCUGGGAGCAGGACAGUUUGGGGAGGUCUGGAUGGCAAUGUACAACAAGCACACCAAAGUGGCGGUGAAGACUAUGAAGCCUGGCAGUAUGUCUGUGGAAGCUUUCCUAAUGGAGGCCAACUUAAUGAAAACCCUACAGCACGACAAACUGGUCCGUCUCAACGCUGUGGUCACCAAAGAAGAGCCCAUUUACAUCAUUACAGAGUUCAUGGAGAAAGGCAGUUUACUGGACUUCAUUAAAAGCGACGAAGGGAACCGAGUCCAGCUGCCCAAACUGAUCGACUUCUCAGCACAGAUUGCAGAAGGUAUGGCUUACAUUGAGCAGAGGAACUACAUUCACAGAGAUCUUCGUGCCGCCAACAUCCUGGUCAACAAGAGUUUAGUGUGUAAAAUUGCUGAUUUUGGACUGGCGCGUAUCAUAGAGGACAACGAAUACACUGCUAGAGAAGGUGCAAAGUUUCCUAUAAAGUGGACAGCUCCAGAGGCCAUAAACUAUGGCUCCUUCACCAUUAAAUCCGAUGUGUGGUCUUUCGGCAUCCUGCUGACUGAAAUCAUUAGCUAUGGCCGCACGCCAUACCCAGGGAUGACCAACCCCGAGGUAAUUCGUGCUCUGGAGAGAGGUUACCGCAUGCAGCGUCUGGACUCCUGUCCUCAAGAGCUCUACGACAUCAUGCUGGAGUGCUGGAAGAACAAGCCUGAGGACAGACCCACCUUUGAGUACCUGCAGAGCGUGCUGGAGGACUUUUACACUGCCACCGAGAGCCAGUAUCAGCAACAACCUUGAGGAAAAUACACACACACACAAUAUCUCAAUCCUUCACAUCAGGAACCCUCAAAGAAAUCAACACACAUAUCCACCUUUUUUUCUGCACGUGUCUAUUGCAUUUCAAAUUAUGGGUCUGUUUGGUGAACCUCCAUUCAAAAGAACUGAAUAAAAUCAUUUUAGAUGAUAGGGUUGUACCACUAAAAGGAAUCCAUAUACAGAGUGAAAACUAUGUGAGAGUUACAUUUGGCCUCGUACUUUAUUUUUAUCCAUCAUAAUAAUUUGCAUGUUGUCCUCUUCUAAGUGCUCCGGUUUCCCCCACAGCCAAAGACAUGCCCUAUAGGUGAACUAAUCAAACUAAAUUAGCCAUAGUGUAUGAGUGCGGGUGUCAAUGCAAGCAUGAUUGGGUGUUUCCCAGUACUGGGUUGCAGCCAUAAGGACAUCCGUUGCGUAAAACAUAUGCUAGAAUAGCUGGUGGUUCAUUUCGCUGUGGCGACCCCUGGUAAAUAAGGGACUAUAAAUGAAUGAAUGUGUUUUGUUCGUCCAGAUUUUUAUCUAUUUGUAUUCACUUCAGUACAGUAAUAUUUAAUCCAUGUCUGUAAUAUUCCCUCAGAAAGAUUUGUAGAGAGUAAUUUUUGGGAUUAUUUAUGGUUCGUAAUGAAGUUUGCAUUGCGCGCUCGCAUGUUUUAAAUUUUUGGUGCGUUAAUCUGCUUAAUAAUAUUAUUCAGAAAGUCAUGAUUCGCACUCAUUACUUUAUUUUGCAUUCUUGGGAGAUACAAAACACAGACGUUUCGACACAAUGCCUUCCUCUUUGCUUUACACAAUCCUCUCACUCCACCCUUUUAUCUCACAGUCAAUCACAUUACGUCAUCAGUUAGACGCCCACUCGAUCUCAUUUUCGUUUCAAUAUAGUGUAAUUAACAACACAACAAAUUGCAUGAAGGCAUUGUGCCAAAAUGUCUGUGUUUUGUAUCUCCUAAGAAUGUAAGAUAAAGCUAUACAAAGUAAUUAUUUAAUGAGUGCCAAAUCAUGACCUUCUGAAUAAAAUUCUUCAUGGUCCGCCAAAAGUAAUUUGUUAGUUCUAUUAAGUUGCUUUUUAAAAUUCAAUGAAUACAAUAGAGAAUAAUGACAUCUAGUUGUGCCCAACUUAAAAAACAACAACAAUUGAUCGUUUACAAUUUAAGUUACAUGAAGCUGAGAUUUUCUAAACUACAUGGAGAUGGAAAUCUGUGUAUUACUCACUAUUGAAAAAAGUGUAACGGCUAACAUGGAUUCCACAAGGCACCUCAGCCAAUCAUGUACUGGCAUUAACAUCGCUGGCCAGCAUUUACAGUUGACAGACCUAGCUGAUGCAGCAUUCCCUAUCAUGCUGUUUUAUUAAAAUAUACAUUUGAUUCACCAUGAAUGCGUUGUUUAGUCUAAAACAUUUUGAUGAUUAGCGAACAGGCUUUCGAUUGAUAAAAUGACAAGUUAUUUAAUCAGAAAAGCUGUUUAUUCAGUAAAGUGAUGCCUCUCCAUUGACAUCCAUUAAAAAAAAAUUAUAAAAACGACCUCAGGGCUUCUUCCUCAUGGACUGGCGUUAACUGUUAUGCCAUUUCAGCUAAUGAUUUUCGACUUGUCAUCUAAUGGCUUUGGUUACUCUUAUAAUUCACGCAAAGCAUCAUGGGCUGUGGGAAAAAGGUUGUGUUAGCAUUAGCCAUUACACCUUUUUGGCUAAUGAUUUCUGGCUUGUCAUUUAUUGGCUUGGUUACUCCCAUAAUUCAAGCAAAGAAUCACGGGCUGUGGAAAAAAGGUGGAUAAUUUAUCCAUGCCAACCCAUUGACUUUAUACAUAUGUAGUGAUAUCAAAUGUGAAAGCGUACAGUGUGUUAUUUGAAUUACAUGUAAAUGAAUACAUUUCUAAUUCCUGCACAGCCUUUGCCUUAUGCCGAGUGCUGCACAACAGAAGCUCUAUAGUUACCAUUUUAAUGUAAUUGUGCAAGAGAUAAUAUUGUCCUUACUUUUCUGAUUUAUUUGUAAAAACGUAACAGU